AUGGAAACGUUUCCAAAAGGAAUCCUCCUGGAUAGACAGAAUGCGCAACAUAUAAAACGUACAGAACAAAAGAAUAAGAAUAAAAAGAGGAGGAAAAGUAAGAGGAAGAAAACAAAGGUUAUGUUGCAUUUAAAAUGUUUGGGAAUAAAAACGGCCGUUUGUUGUUGCGUUUUAAGCGCUUGGGGAAUCAUACAAUUAGGCACGAUGCAAUUGUUGUUUCACAUAAGGAGUCUCGCGUUUGUCGAUGACGUACCUGAAUCCCACCUUUUGGAAAAUAAUCAUCCGCUGACGAACCUCACGGAAUUUUAUAAAAAUUUAGAAUCCGGAUAUGACGCUAACGCUUUGAAUUGUUGGGUGGGUGCGACUCUCUAUUGCGUCCUCCUAAUUUUUUCAUUAUGUCAAUGCGCAUUGAAUUAUUGGUACGCUCAAAAUGCAAGAAAAAAUUCAAACGUUUUGUGUUGA